UUGGAGUCUCACGUUUUCAACUUUUUACCAAGAGUGAGUUAGAUGCAGAUGUAAUUUUGCGUCAUAUAGUAUAAAGUAAGUUCAAGAUUUGAAUAAAUUGUGAAUCAAUGUUACAAAUGACAAAAUGAAUAGAUAUAAUAGGAUUACCGAGUGCAGAUAUUUUUGAUUUAGAGAUAAUGUGCAGAUUUGAUUCACAGAAGAGAGGAAGAUGGCUGUACGAAGCUUUUCAAUCUUCAAUGUCUACAACAGCACCACCGAAAACAUCAACAGAAGACCUUAUGUGUCCAAGGAGAAAAAGGAAGGCGCUAUACAUGAAAAUGUCAAUGCAGAUAAAACUAAAAUUCUCAGCAAUGGUGAGAGAGCCUUAAAGUCCUUUCACUAUAAUUCACACUAUCACCUGCCUUUAAAAUCCAGUAGCAUUGUCAAAGUGAAGGAAGAGGGAAAUAAGAGGAAGAAAAGAUACUCAAUUACAGAAAUAGACAACAAUAAGGAUGAUGGAGAGGGAGGACUCUGUGUUGGGGACAAUGGAAUUGCCUAUAAAGUCCCUGGUGCCCCAUUUGAAUUCCAAUUCAGUUAUUCAGAGACACCCAAGAUGAAGCCUGUUGCACUGAGAGAGCCCCCUUACGUUCCUUUUGGCCCCACUACAAUGCCCAGGCCAUGGACUGGAGGACCCCCUCUGGCUCAGAGCAAGAAGAAAACCAAAAAUAUGUUACCUCAGCCUCAGAAGCAAGGGGUUCCUCGUUUUCAGCAGCCUGUUUUUGAUGGGACUAAUGCUACUAGUAUCAGUAGAGAACAGAUUUUGGGGAAGCCUCUUUCUGAGGAAGAGAUUAAGGAGCUUGUUAAUGCUUGUGUGCGCAGCAACCGCCAAGUUAAUCUGGGAAGGGAUGGCUUAACACAUAAUAUGUUGGAAUUAAUUCAUGAACAUUGGAGACGUCGAAGUGUUUGCAAGAUAAAGUGCAAAGGUGUGCCCACUGUAGAUAUGGAUAAUGUUUGUUACCAUCUUGAGGACAAAAGUGGAGGAAAAAUCAUUCAACGGGCUGGAGGAGUUGUAUAUCUUUUUCGUGGAAGGAACUAUAAUCAUAAAACCCGUCCAAGGCUUCCCUUGAUGCUUUGGAAACCUGCAGCACCUGUCUAUCCAAAACUAAUCGAACGAGCUCCUGCAGGGUUGACAGAAAAAGAAGCGGAUGAAAUGCGAAAAAAAGGACAGUAUCUACUAUCUAUUUGUAAAUUAGCGAAAAAUGGUGUCUAUGUUGACCUUGUGAAGGACGUAAGGGAAGCUUUUGAAAUGAUCGAGAUGGUGCGAAUAAAUUGCAAUGGAUUGAAUUCAAGUGACUACAAAAAAAUAGGUGCCAAGCUCAGGGAUCUCGUUCCUUGUGUAUUGCUUUCUUUCGAUAAGGAGCAUAUAUUAAUGUGGAGAGGAAAAGACUGGAAAUCAAUGUGGCAUUUUCAGGCAGAGAAUGAUUAUUGAUUUGGUAUUCUUGCUAAAUAUGAUCUUGAGCUCUUCCUGUCUGCAUCUCCCACUCAAACAGUUUUGUGUAUAUUGUUAUGUUUUGUAGUCUAAUGAUUUGUAUAAUUGUUGUAUCCACUAUCUGUUGACUCUCGAGUCAGCAUUUUCUACUUGUAAAUUUUACCAGUGAGAUGUUUCUUUCCAAGCUAUUUCCGCCAUGUGAUAUAGCAUGAUGAUCCCUAGAGUAAAUUCACUUUAUCUUGGUAACUUUAAUUUAUAAUUGUAAUUGUAUAUAAAAAGAUGCAGACUGAAGGAAUUGAGCUUGUUUGCAUAAUUUCUUGGGCAUUCAACAUGUGUAGCUGCAAGAUUAAAGUUUUCAGGCACUGUAUGGUAUAUUUAAUGGCACAAAACAUGCUAUGUGCGCAUCAAACAAAAUUGGUUUGUAGGUGGACCUAUAUUGUGUCUCUAUUUAGAUAAAAGAUUGUUUCUGCCAUUGUUUAUUCUCCCAAAGCUUCCACAUAAUUUAUGUAUUCUUCUAAUACGAAAGUCUUUAUUGUAUUGACCUUGGAGAGGGUCAAUAAUUU